AAUUUCACCCUAUCUCUACUUGCCUCCACGUGUACCCGCUCCUCACUGUACCCGUCCGAUUCCUUCAACGCCCGCCGUUCCUCCAAAUUUAACACUAUCCUGUUCAACAAUCCUCACUCACCUACACAAAUCGCGAAUCACCAACACAACCGCUUCACUCCGAUCUGUUAAUCUUAACACCCGAUGGCCUCAACGCUGACUCAGCGAGCUCAACUCGCCAAAUUCUGCACUUCUCGCGACUGGUCCAAAGCCAUUCGCAUCCUCGAUUCUCUCCUCUCUCAAUCCUGCGUUAUUCAGGAUAUCUGUAAUCGUGCGUAUUGCUAUAGUCAAUUGGAGCUUCAUAAGCAUGUGAUUAAGGAUUGCGAUAAGGCGCUCCAGCUUGAUCCUACUCUGCUUCAAGCUUAUAUUCUAAAAGGCCGUGCAUAUUCUGCAUUGGGCAGAAAAGACGAUGCUGUACUGGUUUGGGAACAAGGUUAUGAACAUGCUGUUCGCCAGUCUACCGAUUUGAAGCAGCUGCUUGAGCUGGAAGAACUUUUGACAGCUCUAAAGAAGAGUACGACUGUUUCCAGUGACAAAGAUGCUGUAUCCAAAACUGAACCUACUAAUUCUGGCAAAUCAAGUGAAACAAGUAAUACUCGUACCGUUUCAAGUCUUGGUUCUCAACCUAGUGGCGAUUCAAGGGAGGUGUUGCAGAUAGAAAGCAAGCCAAAUGAAAUAUCUUACAUACCCAAUGGGUCUAGUAAAAAAGACAGCGUUGAGGGUUCUAAAAGUUUUCACAUGGGUCAAAAUGGAAAUCAUGAAAAACCACAAAAUGGAACCUGCAACGUAUCCAUCGACAUUGGUGCCAGAUCCGAAGCACGUAAUAGUACAAGUGAUAACCACAAAUCUAAUCUUAUCCCUAAAAUUUCCUUAAUUCCCAGUAAAUCAAGUGAGAUACCUGACAUGCCCAAUGAAGCAAGUAAUGAUGCUAAGGGGAAUAAAAAGUUUUCUGUUACUAGGAUCUCAAAGGCCAAAUCUAUAAAUGUUGAUUUCCGAUUAUCACGAGGAAUUGCUCAGGUGAAUGAAGGACAAUAUGCUCGUGCCAUAUCCAUCUUUGACCAGAUUUUGAGAGAAGAUCCUACUUACCCUGAAGCACUAAUAGGAAGGGGAACAGCCUAUGCAUUUAAAAGGGAACUCGAUUCAGCCAUUGCUGAUUUUACAAAGGCUAUUCAAUCAAAUCCAUCAGCUGGUGAGGCGUGGAAACGAAGAGGGCAGGCCCGAGCUGCUUUAGGAGAAUCUAGUGAGGCAAUCACAGAUUUGACCAAGUCCUUAGAGUUUGAGCCUGACUCAGCAGAUAUAUUGCAUGAAAGGGGAAUCGUCAAUUUUAAGCUCAAGGAUUUCUUUGCUGCCAUUGAGGACCUGUCUGCAUGUGUAAAACUUGAUAAGGAUAAUAAAUCAGCUUACACAUACCUGGGUCUGGCACUGUCAUCAGUUGGUGAAUACAAAAAAGCUGAGGAAGCACAUAUGAAAGCAAUUCAAAUUGACGAAAAGUUUGUUGAGGCAUGGGGUCACUUAGCUCAGCUUUAUCAAGACUUGGCAAAUUCAACAAGGGCUUGGGAAUGCCUUAAACAGGUUUUGCAAAUUGAUACAAGGUUUGCUAAAGGAUAUCACCUGCGUGGACUGCUACUUCAUGCUACGGGAGAUCACAGGAAUGCUAUCAAAGACUUAACGAUGGGGCUAAGCAUUGAGAGCUCAAACAUAGAGUGCCUAUAUCUAAGGGCUUCUUGCCACCAUGCUGUUGGAGAAUAUAAAGAAGCUGUAAAGGACUAUGAUGCUGCAUUGGAUUUGGAGCUAGACUCGAUGGACAAAUUUGUCCUUCAAUGCCUGGCCUUCUAUCAGAAAGAAAUUGCCUUGUAUACGUCUGCGAAGGUUAAUAGCGAAUUUUGCUGGUUUGACAUAGAUGGUGAUGUCGAUCCCCUGUUUAAGGAAUACUGGUGCAAAAGAUUGCAUCCCAAAAAUGUAUGUGAGAAAGUUUUCAGGCAGCCGCCACUAAGAAAAGCAAAGUUGAAGAAACAAGAUCUUACUUUGACAAAACCGAAGAUCGCACUUCUGCUUGCUGCUGAUCGUAUCGGCAAAACAAUCCAGUAUCACUGCACAGGCUUCUUGCCUAAUAGGCGUCAGCAUCGCAUGGCGGGACUAGCUGCUAUAGAGAUUGCACAAAAGGUGUCCAAGAUUUGGCGUUCAUUACAAUCAGAAUGGAGGUUUUCUACUAAAAAUACAUCUAAAAGUGGAAGGCGGGCCCGGCGAAAAGAGAGAAUCAUAAUUCCCAGCCCGAACAAAAACGGAGCUGGUUGUAGUACUAGUAGUAACUCAGAAACAUCAACUUCAAGUGCAUUGGAAGAGAAGCCAUCAGGACAGUCUAUUUUCUCAUGGCUUCAUCUUUAUUCAAUGGCCGUCAAGUGGAGACAGAUUUCCGAACCCUGUGACCCUGUUGUUUGGGUCAACAGAUUAAGUGAGGAGUUCAAUACUGGAUUUGGAUCUCACACGCCUCUUAUUCUUGGGCAAGCUAGGGUCGCUCGUUACUAUCCACAUUUUCAAAGAACAUUAGAUGUUGCAAAGACGGUAGUGAAGGAUAACAGGUUUGUGUAUAAUAAGGCUGAUGGCACUAUAGAUUUAUCAAACGGUGGUAAACUAGAAGAGUUUUUGAAAGCUGAGUCAUGUGCUGAUCUUUAUAAAGUGGUCGGUGAAGAUUUCUGGUUGGCUACUUGGUGCAAUAGUACGGCUUAUCUGGGGAAACGGCUGGAAGGAACAAGGAUCACUCUAGUUAAAACAGGAGAACGUGGGUUUGACUUUGCGAUUCGAACACCGUGUUCACCUGAUAGAUGGGAUGAUUUUGAUGCAGAAAUGACAUCAUCUUGGGAAGCGUUGUGUAAUGCUUAUUGUGGUGAGACAUAUGGGUCGAAUGAUUUUGGCACGCUUGAAAAUGUCAGAGAAGCAAUCUUAAGGAUGACGUAUUACUGGUAUAACUUCAUGCCACUUUCAAGAGGGUCUGCUGUUGUGGGGUUUUCGGUGAUGCUUGGACUUCUUCUAGCUGCUAAUAUGGAGUUCACUGGAAGCAUACCAGAAGGGCGUCAAGUUGACUGGGAUGCCAUUAUGAGUUUGGACCCGAAUUCGUUCAUGGAUUCUGUUAAAAGUUGGUUGUAUCCAUCUUUAAAGGUCACUCCUACGUUGAAAGACAUACCAGAUGUAGCCUCAACUCUCGAGACAACCGGUUCGGUUGUUGCUGCCCUUAGCUCUUAUAAUGCAUCCUAAAAAAGGAUGGUCGCUCUGUCAAUUUUCAAGAUCAGAAUAGAAAAGUGAGGCUUAAGUAGUUAAAUUUUAUUUGUCAAGUGUUGGUAGCUAUUUGUAUUAGCCUUGUAUUUUAGAAAUGUGGUUGGUAGUUUUUUUUUUAGUUUCUUCCAAUUGUUUUCAUGGUAAUUUAUAGGACUACAGUUGUGAUGGUAUUUGUGUUAUUUUUUAUUACAUGAGACAUACAAACAUUUUCUGUGGAGCA